AUGUGCGGCAGGACCGGCCCGACCCCAUUCAACGCAUCCGUCGCUCGACGGUGGUCAAACUGUCAAGGGUCAAACGAAACACUCUGGCAGAGCACCCGCGAGAAGUCAAUGUCAUUCUUGAACAGUACGAUAGCUCAUUUUGUUGACCAAAUCACAUCCCUUUGGGAUCUGCUGAUGUUGAAGACAAGCGCAGCACUCGAUGCAUCCAGUGAUGGGCCAGAAGCGAUUCUUUGUCAUUUAACGAUACCUCAAGAUCUCAAGAUCUCGAGAGCCACGCAGCCCUGUCCUUAG